CAGCCAGUGGUGUCCAGAAAGAAGAAAGUGGUGAGUUGCGAUAUCUGCAAAUCCACUGCUCAUACUUGAAUUGCUUUUAUCGAAUAUCGUUCGAGGGCUUCUUCUCGACUGUAUUGCAGUACAACACUGAGCGUCUACUUUCCCACUACAUGACUGUAACGUUAGAAGGAUUAUUGUAUCGAAACUCGUCAUCAAGACAUUGAAACACUUCGAUGAGGGCUACUAAAAGUAUUUUCCUGGGCUGGUCCUAUUCGAGGGACACGUAUCGAAAUAACGCCAGUGGCCGGUGCUAGUUUGGCGGCCUAAUGAGCAAGACGGCACUUGCCGAAUCGAGCGUGAUCUUUCGCUAGCAUCACAAAUACCACGAUCGGAGGCUUCGGUAAUCAGUGUGUAAAAUGACCGUCUUGGUAGCGAGAAGUCGUUAUUGAGGGGCAGCAACGCUUCUUGGUUGUACCAUUCUCCAAGUGGAAACCAGCCGCGUAGUAGACUUCUACUGGGAUUUGGUAGCGACUGUCCGAAACUCAGAGGCGACCAUGCCAUUGCUUGCCGGUCAUGCAUGCACCAUGUAGUGAUGAUAGUCUAAUGAAAGCAGGCGAUAUGUCCGUUCAAGUGAAACAAACUACUGCAGGGGGUGCCAGUGGUCGAGGGACAGCAAGUCCUACAGCCAGUGCCUUGCAUUCACCUGAUUACGGUUAUGCUGAUCAAGCUGUACCUAAUGCUAGCACAGUACAGCAGACUUGCCCGCAGCACAAUCAACCAUCAGGUGACUACCUCUCCACAUGGAAUGGUGCUAAGGCAGCAACAUGUCCAGAGGUAACUCAGCACAUGCCUGAUCAGCAGCAGCAGCAGCAGCAGUAUGCUUACGAGAAGAGUGCAAGAUCAUCUUCCCGGAUCCCGGCACAUCGCAAUGGAUCAGCUAGUAGCCAUGGUGCCAAACCCCACACUCACACCUCCAAGUCCAGUGGUCGUCUUCGUUCCCAUCACCACCGACAGGCAAGGCAGGCAGACGCAGUUAUACAUGCACACCAAGUGAACCGAAUGACCAGGCCAGGCAGUCAGAUUGAGCGCUGCCCAUUCUGCAGACAUGUGUUCGUCAAUAGCCUGGAGUUGGCCAAGCACUUCACCAACCGUUGUCCGAGGUCCUUACAAGUGUUCCUGUAUAGUGCGCCACAGCUUCUUCAAUACUACAAACAGAAGUCUCAGGAGAAUAGCGCCUUGACCAAUCAUCACCAGCGAAUACAAACUCACAAAUACGUACCGGUGAGUGAAAACCGGAACUUUAACCCCAUCCCAACGAUGGGUAGCCGCGCAGUAUGUUCCAAGAGAUGCGUACAAGAUGGCUCUAGCUCCAGCCAGCCGGUGUGCAACUGCCCUUGUGCUAGAAGCAACUCGGUCACCUCAUUUUGUCCAUACACACCAGCUCAUGUUCACAGACGUAGUGUGUUGCCGAAGUCCAAAAACAAGGAAUCCACUGCCAAGAAUCCCAGUCCCGUUGACCAUGCUAUACGAGAUGCUCUGCUCGGGAGAACAGGAAGUUCCAUGCCCAACAGAGCUGCAAGGGCCAUGCCAAUUUCCUACCAUGCCGAUCCCGAGCAGAAAUGCCAAUCUGUGCCCCCUGGAUCACUUCAAGGAGUGACGUGGCAAGGUUCAAGGUCUACUCUGCUGCAACCACCACACUUGCACCCAGCCAUCAAUCAUCCAGCCAUUCUAAAGCAAGUCAAAUUACAGCCAAAGCGCCCACCAAACCAUGCUGGUGAAGACAUGCCUGUUGUUCAUCCUUCACAAGUACUAUCCAGUGCGGAGACUCUGGACAAGCAUGCUCAGGACUAUUAUGAAAUUGAAGACAGUGAGGUGAGCCACCCAAGCAUGAAGAUGCAAGGCAUCACACCGGUGACAGAGUCCUCGUCUUCAGCCUGCAAGUCCAGAACACAAACCAACUCACACAGAGAAGAUGAUGAUUGCAUGGACAUGCCGACACUGGUACCGUUGUGAGGAGGAACAAGAAUAUAAUCAUGUUCCUAGCUUGUAUUGUGAAGGUGCAUGCCAUGGAGUGUAUACAGACAUGAUGCACUCCGACAUCUUCGGACAAUGCUGUUUCGACGUUUGUGGACUCACUGGUGGAACAGGCAGAAAAAACCCUGAUGUAUGUAACUUAGUGCUUUUAACAUUGAUAAGGAACCAUGUACUCACACUAAACCAUUGGGUGGCAUAACAUAUAUCAGUGUGCCGAGUCGGAUACACCUGGUAGAUCUCGUAUAACUGCCAGAGUUUGUACCUUGGCAACUUGGCUGCAUUCCACUUUACUAACAACUAAUCAAAUGCAUAUUGAUCCCAAUGGAUUCUAUCUAUUUUCUCAAAGAGAAGACUGCUCUGAUCCUGUCAUUUGGAUCCUUUGCUCUGAUCCUGUAAUCUGGAUCCUUUGCUCUGAUCCUGUAACCUGGAUUCUUCAAGUUCAUGACAUUUUGCUAGUGUACCUCAAGCCGCUACACAAACACAACCACUGUUCUCCUAACACUUACUCGCAGAACAAACAUCAUUUUUUUCAUAAUUGCUUUUUCUGUUGGCUGCACGACCAUGAUAGCAGGACAUGGACUUACCUUGUAUGGUGUAGUGCUAGCAUGGGAGUGGAAAUUACAUUUUUGGCGUGCAGCUUUUUUUCAAAGGUUUCUCUGUAUAAUUAUGUCAAUGAAAAAGUGCUUUCUUAUCCUCACUAGAUCGUAUGCCAUGUACAGUGUAUCCCAAGAAUGCACUACUUGAAGUAGUAAUGACUAUGUGCACUCUGGGAAUUAUGAUUUGGCUUCGCAACACACUGUACAUGUUUGAACUUUUAGACAUUCUUUUGUGCACCGUUACACUUGUUGUGCACUAGCUAAAACCUAUCUGUUUCACAAAUAUUUCAAUGGCUUUGUAACUCUUCCAUUUCUUUCAUAGUGAGGUGAUUUCGAAUGUACAAUGACGGUGGUCACUUUUCAUUGCCGCAUAAAAGCAUAUGCCGCCACUGCUGGAUGUUUUCAACGAAUGAAAUUCCGCUAUUCA